AUGCCCCAUAUUAAACAGAUUGCUACUGGCAGGCGUAAGCCUAAUAUGACCAGAAAAGAGUUCUUUGAUCAUCGAUUCCGUAUCCAUGGAAGUAUCUCUGACGCUAUAGAGGAUAAGGACCAGAAACCUUAUAAGUACAUACAGACCCAGGUCUUUGACUCGGCCUUUGGAUCACGUCCUGGCGGUCCCUUGAACGCCAAUCACAAUUGGGUUGGAAGAGACGAUACCACAGAACUCUUCUUUCGAGACUGGGACCAUGUCCAGAAAUGCUUCUCUAGCGACUAUGUGAAAACAACUAUCGCACCAGAUGGACCUUUCUUUGCAGAUUUCGAAACCAGUGUUGUUCUCAUGGCAUAUGAGAAGACCAUUCCACUGCAAACCCAGGCUGCUAAAAAGCGAGCUGAGCUGGUAUCCGACGCUAUUAAACCCGGCGACUCUACUGUUGCCAUGUACUUCAUUUCCACGCCAGAUGACAGGCAGGACGGGGAGAGCCUGGAGCAGACGGUGACCCCUCGCUUAGUUGACGCAAUCAACUCUUGCUGCCAGGAUCAAGUCUGGGGGCUAAUUUGCAACGUCGGUGCUGUUUCUGACCAGUUCGACUUGAACUCGUAUUUUGGCGGCGCAAACAUGCCCCAAUACGCACUUGUCUACAAACUCUUUCUUGCCGGCCCUGAAUCGGUUCCGCUGGUAAGGAAGGCCCAGGCACAGUUUGAGAAGGAUGCUCAGUCCAGUGUGGAUUUGAAUAAAUCCUUCAUUUUAUUCUCACAAGAGGCCCUUGUUAUGAACGUCACAGAGGGCGUCAGGUUCAACCGCAAUCGUCAGUCGGUCUUUAAAGACUUGCCUGGCUCAUCUCAUCUUGAUUAA